CUCAAGGAUGAUCAAAUAAGGCUUCUUUUGGAUGAAGUAGAGGGCGAUGGUCUUGUUGAAAAAAUAGAGCCCCACUUUGGCAAGUCGGGAACAGAAGGUUAUCGGUUGCCGGAUUUUUCCAAGCCAUUUAUAAGAGGAAAGCACGAUUGGUAUUGCUUUCAUUGCCAUAAGCCAGGAGAAAUGCUCAGGUGUUCUGAGUGCUUUCGUUCUUAUCAUCUUGAUUGCGCUCAUGAGUUGACCAGGCAAUUGAGCCCACCUGGUAAAUCAAUGCGAUCUCCGAUUUUGAGUGAUGAAGACGGGGCUGAUUUUACUUGUCCUGUUUGCUUUGAAAGGCCUAAAUGUGGAUACUCAAGAAAGCAGAUACGAAAAUUGCUUGAAUUUGCUACUCACCAUCUUCGAAAGCAAGCCCUGUGGAAAACAUUCAUCCAACUUGGCACAAAAGGCGAGAUAAAUAAAAACGAAUAUUUGGUCUUUAAAUACAUAGACCUAGAGUUGUUACAAAGAAAGAUGAAAGAUGGCAGGUACGCUGCCUUAGAAGAAUUCGCAAUGGAUAUUGAACUUCUAGUUCACGAUGUUUGCAUCCUGUAUGGUCCAUUUAGUGAACAGGCUGAUGAAGCUCGAUUCUUUUUGCGUUCAAUAAAAAAUGAGAUUAAAGAAAUUCAACUGUGUACUGAUUGCUAUAUUAAUGCUAAGGCGAAAGUCACGACUGAUUGGAUAAGCAAGCCUUGCAAACCACCACAUGAACUCAUUUGGGCCCGUAAUCGUACCUGUGCUGGGGCCGGUUUCUUUGGAAACGCUUCUAUUGAUCUAUACUUCUGGCCUGCGAAGGUACUUUUAGAGCGCGAUGAUGGUUAUGAGAUUCGUUUCUUUGGUGGUACUCAUGAACGGCGUUUCAUUACAAAAAUACAUACUAAACCAUUUCACUUGCCCGCGGAUGAGGUCGGCGUUUUGCGCAAGUCAAAUGCUCCGGCCCAUCUAACUACUUUGGGUGCGACUGGUGGUUUCGAAAGAGCCUGGAUGGAAGUAACACGUCUUCAAUCAAAUCUUGAUAAUGGCUACUACACUCAUUCAUCUGGAGAGUCUGAUUUGCCACCCUCAGAUGAUGAUUAUUCGGAUGAAUUAUAUCUUGUUCCGAGACGGGGCAUCUCUUCAAGCUGUAUUGGGCAUAACAGUAAUGCCCAUCGAUCUAGCAGGGCAGACAGUGUUCAUUCCUCCAUAAAUUCGUUCACUAAAUCGGGAGAUGGUAGAAAACGACACAGCUCUUCCAGUAGCCAACAUACCUCGGCCAGUGCGACACCUACCGGAGGAAGUGGUCCUUCGCCCAUUGGCGCUGCUGCUUUAAGUGUUUUGACAUCUAGCAGCUUGAUUAACAGUGCGAAAUCCCCUACAGGAUCUUCGGCCCGUAGAAGAACCUCCCCCACAAAGACACUUAAUCGCACAAGCAUCGCAUCCUCAGUUGGCUCGGGUGUGGGGUCCCACAUUAUCGGUCCGGCCACUUCGCCCUCCACUAUAUCUCUUGGUGCUGCUGCACUUGGGUUGCAACUUAAUCCCGGCACUCCCGGUGCGGCUGCUUUCUCUGCUUUGGCUGAGACAAAAGCAAUCAUGGCUGCCGCUAAAGCCGGUUCUCCGAUAGCGAAUCACCUUAGCUCUCAGGGUCUCUUUGCUUCCACUACUAAGAGCCCCCCUUUUCUUAAGUCUACAAUACCGACUCGAGCGCCUGGCCCUCGUGGAGGCAAACGAGGCAGUAAAAUGGGAAAGUCUACAGCUGAUCCAAAGCCGGAUAGCAAAUCCAUAUCAAAAUCCAAACUUGGAUCUGGAAGCAAGAGAGCCGUUAGUGUCAGUUCAUCUAUUAGCCUGGACCGCAGUCGAUCUAGGUCUGCAUCAGAUUCCUCAUCACUGGUUUCUUCUCGCUCUAGAUCUAGUUCGGAAUAUUCUCUCUCUUCUGUAGGGAAGGGCCGAGUUGGUGGUUGCAAAACUGUGCCUCGUGGUGGGCCUAAAAUAAAGAACGCACGGGGAAUUCGUGCUUCAAAUGUCGCCCAAGUAACCAAAUCUAAGGCCCUUGCUACUAAUAAAACAAAACAGCUCUCUUCUGUCAGUUCCACUAGCCAAUCAGACAGCAGUUCUUCACUGGAAGAUGAAGUUAAUGCAAACGGUCUCAGCGGCAAUGAGGCUAAUGAAAAGGUUAGUUUUAAUCGCCCCAUU